AUGGUAGAAGAUGAAAUGAGCAUAAUAAAGUAUCCAGACUUGAUCGAAGAUGAUGAAUUGAAGGUGUUUUGCCCAAAAGAUGUUGUUACAAAUGAGUUCAUAGAAUUCGUAAAUGGGAAUGGUCCAAGUGUUGAUGCACUUCGUCAUAGAUCCAAGAAGGAUGCUCAUAGCUGGUGGUACUUCCAUGGCACAUGCUUCCAACACCUACAACCCCUCGCUAUAAAAGUUUUAUCGCAAGUUGCUAGUUCAUCUGCUUCAGAAAGAAAUUGGAGCACAUACUCUUUCAUCCACUCAGUAAAGCGCAAUAGGCUGCUAUCAAAAAGAGCGGAGAAUUUAGUAUAUGUGCAUUCCAACCUACGUCUUCUUUCACACAAACAACAUGACUACACACAAGGGGAAACAAAGAUGUGGGAUAUAGAGCUAGAGCAUACUGAUUUGGAUGCUCCUGCUUCUCAGCUUCUUGCAUUGACACUUGAUGACUCGGAAAUUGAGCCAACUUACAGUGCAAGUGCAAGUGGCAUUGGCUCAUCUAAUGUCAAUGUCAAUGAGGAGGAGGAGGAGGAGGAUGAAUUAGAUGAUCCAUUUGAUGAUUAAACUUUAAGUUUAUAUUGUUGAAAGUUGAAACAAUGAUACUUGAAUAUUUUG